AUGGACCAAAAGGAACGGAGGCAGGGACCACAACACCCUGAAGACCAGAGGCCUUUUCCAGCUAGCCGGAUCCACACUCUGCUGCAUGCCGAGGACCAUUCAGGAACCAGCGACCCAUUUAUAUACCGCAGCUGCACAGCAUCUGACCGGGAGGGUGGGAACAACCCCUUCCCCUCACUCGGCCACUGCACGUCUCUUGCGCAGACUCCGCUGAUGCAAACAGAAUUGCUGGAGGGAGAGAACUCCAAUGCGCCUUCUCUCCCCCCUCCCCCCCCACCUGUCCCUUCAUUUCAGCAGGGCCUGCGCAAGACACCCUUUUGGGUUGGUUUUACCUGUGAAUUUUGA